CGGCGUGCGCGGAUCGGCUUGGAGAAUUGGAAUCCACAAAAUUAGCGAUCGGGAAUCGGUAAACGGUAGAUCAUUUGUCUAACAGUUGUUUCUCGAAAGAGAUAGCAAAUAGAACCGUUUAAAGUGUAAUUGCGCGUGCGCCAAAGCAUAGAAAUAAAUCGAGGGGAAUAUCGAGGAAAACCGGGAAGUUAAAGUGCGCGUAUUGUACGUAUUAAGGAUCCGCAGUUGUCCUUAAACCCGUAACCGUGGCGAAGGAAGUGGACAGUUUGUUGAUGCAGCGAAACAACAGUCCCGAGAUGACUCAACAACCACAAUGGGGCAUAAGCCUGUCAAAGUUUUUCGUGAUCCCGCAGCGUGUGAUCCUGGCCAUCAUGGGCUUCCUGGCCAUCCUGAAUGCCUACACGAUGCGCGUCUGUCUUUCUCAGGCCAUCACGGUUCUGGUAACCAAAAAGAAUUCCACGGACGACGACUCUCAAGCGAUUUGCGAGGCCGAUGACUUGGACGAGGGCACCAGUGAUGGCGGUAAUUUCGAGUGGUCAGAGGAGUUGCAAGGCUUGAUCCUGUCCUCCUUCUACAUUGGUUAUAUUGUUACCCACAUUCCCGGAGGUCUGCUAGCCGAGAAGUUUGGUGGCAAAUGGACUCUGGGUCUUGGUAUCCUGUCCACCGCCGUGUUCACCAUGCUGACUCCCCUGGCCAUCAACCUGGGUGGCUCUGACUGGCUGAUCGUAACUCGAGUUUUGAUGGGUCUGGGCGAGGGAACUACUUUCCCUGCUUUGAGUGUCCUACUGGCUGCUUGGGUACCGGCUAACGAACGUGGAAAGCUUGGAGCUCUGGUGCUGGGUGGCGGUCAAGUGGGUACCAUCAUGGGUAACCUGUUGUCGGGAGUAUUUAUUGAUGCCUACGGCUGGGAGUUCGUGUUCUACUUCUUUGGCGGCCUGGGUGUAGUCUGGUUUGCCAUCUUUGUCUUCCUCUGCUACAGCGAUCCCACUUCCCAUCCCUUCAUCAAGCCCAGCGAACGGGAGUAUUUGGUCAAGGAAAUUGGCACCAUUAGCCGCAACGAGGACCUGCCACCCACUCCGUGGAAGGCCAUUCUGACCAACCUGCCUAUGUUUGCCCUGGUGGCCGCUCAGAUUGGUCACGAUUGGGGCUUCUACAUCAUGGUUACGGAUCUGCCCAAGUACAUGGCCGAUGUCCUGCAAUUCUCGAUCAAGGCCAACGGCCUGUACUCCUCGCUGCCAUACAUCAUGAUGUGGAUCGUCUCCGUGGGCAGUGGCUUCGUGGCCGAUUGGAUGAUCCGCAGUGGCUUUAUGAGCACUACUAACACUCGUAAGGUGAUGACGGGUCUGGCUGCUUUCGGUCCGGCCAUCUUCAUGGUGGGUGCCUCCUACGCUGGCUGCGAUCGUGUUCUCGUCGUGAUACUCUUCACCAUUUGCAUGGGCCUGAUGGGCGCCUACUAUGCGGGCAUGAAGCUGAGUCCCCUGGAUAUGAGUCCCAACUACGCCGGCACCUUGAUGGCCAUUACCAAUGGAAUUGGAGCUAUUACUGGAGUGAUUACCCCGUACCUGGUGGGCGUAAUGACACCAAAUGCCUCGCUGCUGGAGUGGCGUCUUGUGUUCUGGGUGGCAUUCGGAGUGCUCUGCGUCACUGCCGUAGUCUACUGCAUCUGGGCAUCCGGAGAGGUCCAGCCUUUCAAUAACGCGCCCAUUCAGCCACGUACUGUAGACUUUGAGGCGCAAGAGCGCAAACCGGAAGUCGGAAAGGCAAAGGGCCUGGAGCAGAGCUCCUAAGGUGGAAAGCCAACGAAAGUGCCAUAUUAUACAUUGUAAUCUAGUUAAAAUGCUGUCUACGUGGAUGUUUUGUGAUCCGUUAACGAGUCGAUCCCAAAGGCAUUAUCGUACUGUAUACGCCGUGGCUGUUGUUCAGAUUGCUAGUUUUAUAGUAUUCCCGAUCUGGCCGAUCCCCGGUCAAGGCGCCAACUAACUAAUUUAAGCGAAUUUACUUACACUCCCGAACGUGCGCAAUGUACUUCUAUGUGUAUUCCUGUUUUAGCUAGGAUGACCCAUUACCCUAAUCCUAUAAACUUAAUCCAAAAAAAAAAAAACACCAAAACCAUUGCCGUUCACCGCGCACGCAACGUACUCUCUUAAUUAUUAUUUAGUAUUUAAAUGAAAGGCGAUUUCACGUUUAAGAUUUAGUGUACACAGAUUUAGUGUCCUCCUAUUGCCGUAUUGUAAAUCAAAUGAUGAAAAAUUUUCUACAUUUUAGAUUGUUGAUCAAUGUGUAAAGUGAAAUGUGUUUUUAACUGUUCUGCUAAGACAUUACUGUUUUUAUGACGUUAGUCAAAUAAAGUGUAUAAAGAUAAUUAAA